CGUGCCUACCGGCGUCGAUGUAAAUUUAAACUUGUCUGAUCGUUCGCUCCUUUCAUCGUCUACGAAGAAAAAAAAAUUCCUUUAACAGGCAUUAUCGUUCUUUUAAGAGAACGAUCUUUUCUUCAUCGACAUUCGAAUUUCAUAUCUUAGUACUUCACUUAAGUGACUAGUCGAAUACGAAUCUUUUGAGAGUUACAGUUUAUACGUGGAAAAUGGCUACUAAAGUUCACCCGUGGAGACGUCAUCGAAUGUCCAAGAAGACGAGAUCGCUUUCGGUUACAACUAAAAAUAUAAUAUCGUUCGAGUAUCGGGAAGCGAAGGAUAGUGCAAUCUUCCUGCCCCUUUUCGUCCUAUUCCGUACUGCAAAAAUAGAAGAGAGAGAAUCACGUUCGGCUAACAACGGUACACACCGCCAGCUGCGGCCACAUGGCAUUCUUUCUGUGAUCUUGCUUUAAGAGCUCGUUAAUACGAUCCUCUCGGAUGUUGCCAACGCACAGUUAAUAUUAGUUUCGAGUAUGUUUUCUUAACGUAUGAGUGUUCUUUCGACUCCGGCAGCAGUUAAGUGCUGGAGAAACCUGAAUGUUAUGUUCUUCCCUUGUCUUGGAUAAAAAUCUAUAUACUCUGACGGAUGGAGAGGAAGCGUCAGGUUUAGGUUUCAAAGGGAAACUAAACAGAACUUUAUAUGCCAUUUCUUCUUUUCUACAAAUUGAUAUAGAAAUUACAAAAUACGAUACUUGUUAAUCGUUGUAUUUUGAUUCUUAAAUUCUUGAAAAUAGUAUACUUGUAGUGUAAAGAAGAACGAAUACAGGAAUCAUUUAUUUUAAUCUGGACGAUGAUAAAUCGAUGUGUCUCAUUCAAAUUGUUUUUGUCGGUAAGGGUAAAUAAGCACGCGCAUUUCUGUUGCCCGCAAGGAGUCAUGCUCGAUAAAUCUUAGCCGUUUUGUAUAAAACCGCUCUCUGUGCCUAUUUGCUUACGGAAGAUCCGUAGGAUUCCGUCACGGUGGCCGUAAUCAAAGAAGUUGUACGGGUUUAACGAAGAUCUUUGCCUUUUUCUCGAGGUGAUACAAGUUGACAGUAAUAAGAAGAACGAGAUCCAAGCUGGCCUCGAUUGGCUCCUGGUCCACAAAAGUGGCGGAGUUACAUCGCGUUUCGAGCCAAUCCCAACAUGUUCCUUCUCUAAAAAUACAUUUUGAAUUGGUAGGAGGAGAUGCGGAGACACCUCCUUCGACAGAGGGAAAAAGAUUCCACUAUGUAUAUAACUCAUUCAACAGUGUACACUGACUGUUUCAUCGGGUAGAAUCUUACAGGAAGCUGGAAACAAGGGAAAUUGACGGGUGUUUCGCGAGAUAUAUCGGCGAACGAGUUUAAAUUCACGUGAUUUCUUCCAUGAAAUAUAUACGAAUUUUGUCACUAACUAAUAUUUAACUUCGUCACAUUUAUUAACAAACCGGUCGUGCUGAAGAAUCGAUAAUCCAUAAACGUAGUGGUUAUUAGAAACUUUUGAAUCUCUUUGUAAAUAUGAAAUGUUGUACCAACAUAUACUGCACAGCGUAUAAUCCCAACAAUAAUUCUUAUAAUAUUCCACGAAUAAACUUUAUGCGAUAGAAACAAGAAAUAGUAAUUAUUCGUGGAAAUCUUGAAGAAGAUAUACUCUCUGUACAGAGUAUCACAACGAUUUAAGAUGAAGACCGAAAGCGGUAAUUCGACUCAAGUGAAUUCCGGAAUCGAGCAACGUUUGAGGAGUCCAAAGUGCGCUAGAUGUAGGAACCACGGUGUAAUUUCCGGACUGAAGGGUCACAAAAGAUCGUGUGCGUGGAAGGACUGUCGUUGUCCUUGCUGUUUGCUGGUGGUCGAGAGGCAACGGGUGAUGGCCGCUCAAGUUGCACUCAGAAGACAACAACAGGCUCAAGGAAAUUUCUUCGGUGAAAACGUUUCAAGCGUUUGUCACACCCCGAUUGAUACGUCUGCUUCGCCGUAUCUACUGAAAACAGAUCAAACACCAGUCUGUCGAAGAGGGAAGAAUAUUCAACGUCAUCAAUUACAUUUUACGCAAACCAGCAUUAGCGUAACCCAAGGAUUCUAUGGAUUGAAAACGAUUCAUGGUUUACCUGCAGCAUUUACCGCAGACGCUCCAUUGUUGAAUGGUUUGUCACAAAAUCAGGAAUACAAACAAGAAUCCGAAGGUUCGAAAAAAAUACAACCCUUCCCAAGUAUGUAUUCCACGAUCCCGUGGUUUGAACAGGUCGCGGAACCUCGUAAGAUGAAGAAAAGUUUUAACAAUUUUACUUCCUCUGUGAACGAUCAAAAGAAUAUUUCUGCUGCUAAAAGUGGACCUUGUUUGGAGAAGAAAUCGACGAUCUCUUUUAGCGUAGAAUCUAUCAUUGGAACAAAGUGAUAAAUGAUAGUUCUAUAUGAAAUUGCAUUUCAUUAUUGUAAAUAGGAAUUUUUAUGAAUUGAUAAAUCUUAUUGGCAUAUACUUAUGGGCAGUAAUUAUGACAUAAGUGAAAAAUAUUCAAAAAUUUAAAUUAUUUUCUUAUGAAAUGCAAUCUAUAUGUGCUUGUAAAUCUUUCUUUUUU